AUGAGCUGACGAAGGAAUUGUUGAUCGACGGAGCUGAACAUUUUUUAUAAGUUUACUUGUACACGGCUGCGUUGCACACCCGCGUACAGUAUUUUAACGGCAAUCGUUAAGAAAAUGAAUAUCUUCACGUCACAUCUCGACUUUAAAAAACCGUAAUAUGAAGCGUUUGAGGGUUAAAACUGUGGGCAACAAUAGCAAUGUUUGCGUGGAAGACCAAAACCCCAGCAAGUUCGACGUGGCUUUGGUAGAAAAUAAAGCUGAUUCGGUCGAGAGAUGGUUAGAAGCACAGAUAUUGCCAAGCGAUACGCUGCAAGCCAUCGCAUUGAGGUUCAAUUGUUCGAUCGCGGUUUUAAAGAAGCUCAACAAAAUCGACAAGGACAACGAAAUCUACGCACGUAACGUGAUUCGCAUUCCUGUGACACCGCACUCAAUAUUGUUGGAAACGCUGCCGAGAGUUCACACAAGCGGUAACAGUAGCCCCAGGAAUGCUACGAGCAACCCGGAACAAUAUCACAAUUCUACAAGUUGUGAUAUUACGCUGGAUGAGAAACUUAUUGUAGCAGCUGUUAGCAGUGCAUCGUAUGAAACAAACAUCACGGGCCAAAGUGCAAAGUCUUCCGAAGAAAUUAGGGAAAGUAUUGGUCGAGUAGACGAGUGCUAUCUUGACGAUUCGCAACCUUUAUUGAUCGAUGACGAAAACUUACCACAACCACGAGCGCUACGGUUACCAGCUAACGAUUUUUCAUGCAAUGGAAGUGAUUGUGAUAUUUCAUGGAUAUGUCUGCUCGUUUUUAUUUUAGCUUUAUGCUUUGCUAUCCCACUUAUUUAUGUAGUAUAUAUAGCGGAGCACAGGGAAAAAUUCCAUCACGGUAAUUUUAGGGAUAAUCAUAGCAUACAAAUUUAACAACCAUGAUCACUACUUGCUGUUCUACAGCAUCUUCAAUUGGAAAUCGAUUCAAUAAAAAGUGCCUUUUGCAAAUGUUAUAGCUCGUUAAAUAAAAUAAUUUUCUUCUAAACCUCCUGACGUGAUCAAAAGCCAAAAAGCUUUCCAUGCUCUAUUUGUGUUUU